AUGGACAAAAGACAGAGGAUGCUGCUCCUGCUUUUAAUCGUUUGUGGCUUUUUCGGUUCUGCGUUUCCUCAGUGUGAUCCAGGCUGGCGACCAUAUGAAGAAAGAUGCUACUUUUUUUCUGUUGAUACGAAAUCCUGGAGUGACGCGCAGGCAGACUGCGAGGGAAAGGGGAGCAACUUAAUGAGCAUCCUGGACAUUAAUGAGAGGACAUGGGUACGGACUCAAGUUGGGAUGGACAUCUACUGGAUUGGGCUAAAUGACAUCGUUUCCGAGGGUCUGUGGGAGUGGAGUGACGGCAGUGUCUACUAUCCCUAUCUAGCGUAUUGGAGACCAGGGCAGCCGGACAACUGGGGCGACGAUGAGGACUGUGCUCAAAUAAUUGGGUCAAACAAUGGCCAGUGGAAUGAUGAGCCAUGCAGUGUCAGACGGCGGUACAUCUGCAAGCGGCUCAAUCCAAACCCACCGGUAACCUGUGACACGACCCACGGAUGGCAUCAGUUUGCUUCUAGUUGUUACAAGUUGAAACAUUCCAGGGAGAGCUGGGCGUCAGCAAGGCUCGAGUGUCUGAAAGAAGGAGGGGACCUCGUGUCCAUCCUGUCUGCCGAGGAGGAGCAGUAUGUGACCAGCCGUUUGGAUCCCAGCCGCUUUGACCUUUGGAUUGGCUUCUCAACUAUGAAUUGUACUGCAGUAUCAUGUGCUGUUCAGCCUGGCAAUGAACGAUUUCAUUGGUCGGAUGCUUUGUCAUCUACCUAUCACAACUGGGGAGACAACGAGCCCAACCUCGGCGAUAAACAGAAUGGAAUAUGUACAGCCGUCAUCAAGGAAGCGGGACAGGAAUUUGGGAAGUGGCGGGCUCAUGUGUGCCGUGCAGAGCGUCCCUAUAUGUGUAAAAGGGGACUGAAUACCAUAUGUCCUGAGGGAUGGCUGAGCUUCAGUGGUAAUUGUUACUGGGUGGUCAGUAAUUAUGGUUUACUGACCAGCUGGCAUGAAGCUCAGACUAAGUGCUCAAGCUAUGGGGCAAACCUAGUCACUAUUCAAAGUGAAUCUGAACAGUAUUUUAUCAAUGCUCAGCUACCCGAUAUCCAUCUAACCGAUGUGCCUGAUAUCUGGAUUGGGGUCUCAGACAAGGAUCAUGAUGGCAGCUUCACCUGGGUGGACAAAACUCCAGUCACCUUUUCAAACUGGAAACCUGAGUUUCCCAAGGACACAAAGGGUCUUUGGGACUGUGGUCAGAUCUUCACAGGCAAUUACAAUGGAAAGUGGGAAACUACUAACUGCUUUAAAAAUCUGGGUUAUAUCUGUAAAAUGGCCGGAGGACAAAAUACGAAACCAACUGCGGCUCCAGAGUCCCAUUGUGACGUAGGAUACCUUCUCUUCGGAGACUUUUGCUACCACUUCGAGGAUGAAUUCGUGAAGACGUGGCAAGACGCUGAAACAUAUUGUGCCAAUCAAAAUGGACAUCUGGCCAGCUUCCAUUCUGAAGAGGAAGUCAGCUUUUUGAGUGCUCAUAUGACAAGAUCCUCAUGGCUCGGCCUGAACGACAUACAGACGGAAGGACAUUAUGUUUGGACUGAUGGAACACCAGCAGAUUUUCUACCGUGGGAUCACAACCAGCCAGAUAACUGGCAAAACAACGAGGACUGUAUCGCCAUGCGGGGCGUGGACCACACCAACCCCGGGUAUCUCAACGAUCAGUUCUGCACCACAACCUUCCCUUUUAUCUGCAAAAAAGCAAAAGGCCAAGGCCCCCCACCUGUACCUCCAACUUCUGGACCAGGAUGGAAUGAGAAGUGUGGGUCCUGGACGCCGGAUCCCUUCAAUGACUACUGCUACUUGUUCAACUACUUGUCCAUGAGGAACUGGGCCAGCGCUCAUGCCGACUGUGUCAACCAGGGGGGCAACCUCCUCAGCAUCACAGAACCGUUCGAGCAGGCCUUCAUCCAAGCUCAAAUCCAAGCGAUCCCCAUUGGAGUGGCAAUGUGGAUGGGGGGUCACGACUCGGUUACAGAAGGAGGUUGGGAGUGGACCGACGGCUUGCCUUUCCGCUACGUGCACUGGGCAGCGGGUCAGCCCGAUGACUACUUUGGUGAAGAUUGUCUCUCCAUCCUUGUGAACACGGGCUACUGGAACGACGAUAACUGUGAUCAUCAAAGGGGUUAUAUCUGCAAGCGAAGGGGGAAUACUCCUGUUCCCCCUCCUCCUCACGAAGGAUAUUACACCGUUUAUGCCUGUGAAGACUUCAGCUCAGUUAUCACCUGUCCUCACAACAGCGUCAUAAACAUUCAGUCUGCCUUUUUCGGACGCAAAAAUGACAAGAUCUGCCCCCACGAGACUGGAGCCUCAGGAACUUGCACGGUGCCCGGAAUAUUGCCCCUGGUGCGAAAGUCAUGUGACAAUCGCGUUUUUUGCUUCUUGUAUGCCCACACUGAACAAGACCCCUGCCCUAGCAUCUCUAAAUAUCUGGAAGUAGUUUACAGCUGUGAACAAGAUGUGUGUGUGAGGGGACUGGGAAUUGAGGAUGGCACUAUCGCGAAUUCACAGCUCUCUGCUUCGUCGUCGGAGAACGGACAUGGUCCCGAGAAGGCCCGUCUAAACGGAGACUCCUGCUGGAUGCCCUCAGCUUCUGCUAAUUCCUGGUUCCAGGUGAAUCUGGGCGAGGUCAAGAAGGUCACCGGAGUCGUAAUCCAGGGAUGCGCAGGUGCAGAUCACUGGAUAGAGACCUUCAGAAUCCAGAGCAGUACCGAUGGCAUCCAGUGGACCAACUAUGACGCUGAUGGAGGAAUAUACCCUGGAAGCAUGGACAGAAACACUCCAGAGAAACAUCUCUUUGGAACCCCUUUGGCUGUGCAGCAUAUACGGCUUCUGCCUUUGCAGUUUAACGGGCAGAUCGGACUUCGCCUUGAUAUUCUGGGUUGCAAACCUGACUAUGCAGUCACCUGCGGCUCCAAGAUCUCCUUCAGCUUCGCAAGCGAUCGAAAGACUGUGCACUGCCCUGCAGGGUGUGCGGUCGCACCUUAUGACGUCUAUGGGACGAUGACAUACCGCGGUGACUCUUCGGUUUGUGCUGCUGCUAUUCAUGCGGGGGUUAUCCUGAAUGAGAACGGCGGUGACUGUACUCUACUGAAGAUGCCUGGACAGUCCCUCUACCCGGGAUCAACCAGAAAUGGCAUCACCUCCAAGCAAUAUGAUGGACAGUUUUAUACGUCUUUCCAGUUUGCAGAUGGAGAGAUGCGGUGCCCAGAUCUUGACUGGUAUGAAUUUGGAGACUUCUGCUACAAGCCCUUCACUGACCAAAAAACAUGGCAUGCUGCCCGCACAAGCUGCCGAAAGCUGGGCGCCGACCUCGUAUCCGUGCUGUCACUCAAGGAGCAGAGCUGGCUGGAGAGUUACCUCUUCAUGGUCACCAGUGACAUGUGGAUUGGCUUGAAUGAUUUGGAAGUUCAGGGCUUUUUCACCUGGUCUGAUCGUCAUGAAGUUCUGUUCACAUACUGGGCCCCCGGCGAACCCAACGACCAUGCCGGCUUUAAUGAGGACUGUGUCGAGAUGCUACGUCAGAAUGGCAGGUGGAAUGAUGUUCCAUGCACAGAAAUAAAUACAUACAUGUGCAAAAUGCUGAAAAACCAUUACCCAGCUUCGUCAAUUCGCCCGACUAUCUAUGGCUGUCCAGCGGGCUGGGAUGUUUAUGGUUAUUCCUGCUAUUGGAUGGAGGAUUCCCCAAAGACAUGGUCUGAGGCCAAGGCUUUCUGCGACGAGAAGGACAGCAAGCUGCUACACAUCAUGGACAUCUAUGAACAGGCUCACUUCACAGUCACUAUGGCCGGGUACACCGGAUUUUGGUGGAUUGGACUAAGAGCAAAAGGGAGCGAUUUUGGCGGAGUGGAUUAUAUAUGGGAUAAUGGAGCACCUAUGACGUUUUCCCACUGGGACCGGAACCAACCAGAUUCUGGAGACGGCACCUGUGUUGCCAUGACAGCAGGCCCUGGAGGUGGUUUCUGGGAUGACAAGGGCUGUUCAGAGUCCUUCUCAUUUGUGUGCGAGAAAGCGCGCAAUGGCAUCUCUCCCCCCACCCGUGCCCCCACUCCACCCCCCACACAAGGAUGUGAACCAGGCUGGACAGCUGAGCCUGCCUUCAGAAAUUGUUACAAGCUCUUCGUGGUAGAAUUUGCAAAGAAGAAGAGCUGGCAAGCAGCACGGGAGGACUGUGUGUCUCGGGGAGCAGAGCUUGUCAGUAUUCAUAGUGGGUAUGAAGAGCAGUUCCUGUCUACAUACUCCAAGGGCAAAACGAAGUGGAUUGGCCUGCAGCGCAACGCCAUAGAUGGAGGUUACCAAUGGAGCGAUGGCAGUUCUGUCAGCCACACUAACUGGGGUCACGGGGAACCAAACGACCACGAGGGCCGGGAAGACUGUGUGGAGAUGGUGACCACCAACAAUGGCUCAUCCUGGUGGAACGACCUCAACUGUGACGCGCAUCAGGAUUGGAUCUGCAUGAUUCCCAAAGGGAAGAAGCCCAUCACCCCCCCAGAACCGCCUCCCCCCAUUCCAGCACCGGAAUGUGGCACCAACCCUGGCUGGAGAAAACAUGAAGGCCUCUGUUACUAUUACAAUGACACAGACAUCGUUGACUUCCACACCGCUAUUUUGCGAUGUUGGGCAGAAAAGUCAUUACUUGCAUCUAUUAAUAGCAAGGCAGAGCAGGAGUUUGUCAAUACCAUGGUGGGGACUGGUCAAGUGGCUUCAGCUUGGAUUGGACUGAGGAUGUUUGGAAUCGCAGAUGGGGAAUACAUGUGGCUGGAUGGUUCCCCUGUGACGUAUGUCCACUGGGGACCAGGGGAGCCAAAUAAUGCUAAUGGUGAGGAGGAGUGUGUGCAGAUUAAAAGAUACCCAGGUACCUGGAAUGAUGAGAACUGUGGAAGAGCUAUGGCAGGGUAUCUGUGUAAGAAGUACCCCGGAGAUGUGCACACCAUGCCCCCGCCCACCCAGCCCUGGACCGGGCACUGCCCACAAGGGUGGAUGCUUUUCCGGAACAAAUGUUACCUGUUUAAGGGAAACCAUAAACAUCAGAACGAAUUCCAAGCCAACUGGACUUUUGCCCGGAACUGGUGCAGAACCCAGGGAGGAGACUUGGCUGUCAUUGAUGACCAGUAUGAGAAUGACUUUGUAUCUAGCUACAUAAUGGAUAUAAUCCAGCCCGUUUGGAUUGGCUUGUCUGACAUACUACAUGAAGGACAGUUUGCAUGGAGUGAUGGAAGCCCAGUGCGAUACACAAACUGGGCUGAAAAAGAGCCAAACAAUGGGGAAGAGGAGGAGCACUGCACUGCCAUGACUCACAACCAUCUGGUUACUGGGCGCUGGAACGACGAUGGCUGCCAUAGGACGAGGGGCUGGGUGUGUUACAUGAAGAAAUCGAACAGCAUCCCUGAACCGCCUCCAACACACAGCCCCUGCCCAGCAGGCUACACGUCAUGGUAUAAGAACUGCUACAAGCUGGUGGAGGAACGAAAGACAUGGGAGGAAGCGCAGGCGCUCUGCGCGCAGGAAAAAGGCAACCUGGCCAGCAUCGACCACAGCUACGAACAGGCGUUCAUCGCUGGUGCAGUUCUGCAGGGAAAAUCGGAUGCCUGGAUUGGACUCCGGCGUAACGAAGACGGCUCGUACAAAUGGUCAGACAGCUGGCCGGUGUUCUUCACUCACUGGGGUCCUGGUGAACCAAGCAACCAUAAGGAUGAGGGUUGUGUGAGUAUGCACAGCAGCAUGCAUCUCCACGGAGUAUGGAAUGACACGUCAUGCACCACCACCAAACACUUUAUCUGCAAAAUAACUUCAGAAAAACCACCCGCAACUCCAGCUCCUGGUGACGGAAAAUGUCGCCCCGAGUGGUGGCCCUAUGGGCGCUAUUGUUACUUUGUUUACAAUGGGAAGCAGGGCUAUUCGUGGCCUGAGUCAAGGCACUACUGUCAGCUAGCAAAGGCAGAGCUGACAUCCCUGCAUAGUAGGGCAGAGGUAGAGUUCCUGAGGAACAUCAACUACACCAAGUACCAUAAUGUUUGGAUUGGACUGACGAGAGACAAAUCUUUUGGCUGGGCUUGGACAGACCUCUCAUCUGUGGGGUUCCUGAACUGGGCACCGGGAGAGCCUAAUCUAGCCUUCCAUCCUGGUGAUGUGGGAACUGAAGAUUGUGUGGAGAUGUAUCCUGAUGGGAAAUGGAAUGACAACAACUGCAUGCAGAAGCGAGGAUUUGCCUGUCGUCACCGCCAGUACUAUACAACAGAUGACGGUGGAAUAGUUAUUCCUACAGACUCUUCAGGAUCCGGCAAUUUGUACAUCUGUCGUUACCCACCCAAUCAUCCAGAUGGAGCCAUUGUAGGAGCAGUCAUUGGUGCCCUGAUUUUGAUCGGCUUGAUUUUUGGAAUCAUAUACUAUGUUUUUUAUGUGCGAGGUGUUAAACUGAGUGGCAUAAGUUUUCCGACCAUUUCACCAAGGAACACUGAUGCGGUGAAUUUUUCCAACCCUAACUUUGGAGGGACGUCCGAAUCAUGAGAGCAGCUGAUAUUUUUCUGUACAUUUAAUGUUCCUGCCAAGAUGUCAGUUUCUACCCUAUAAAUAUGGAAAUGUGAUUUCCUUAGUUAAUAGUAAAUAUAGUUGCACAAACAUGUAAAAAGAUCCCCUAAUCAAUGCAACAUUUCAAUAAUGUUUUCAUACAUUUCUCUGUUUUAUCUACAACAAA